CCGAGAAAAAACGCACAGUUCUUCCACAGCUUGAACUUCCUUUCGACAGCUUCGACUUGAGUGUUUGGUACCAGCUGUUAUUACUGACUGCAGUCAUUUCAUGAGUGGACCGCGCUGCUGUGGCAGGAGACACGUCUCUGUAGAUUUUGUUGUUUGUCUUAAAAAGUAGUUGUCGGUCUGACGCAGCGUUCGCGUGGGACGCUCCACUGAUCAUGGGGGAUGUGAUUUCUAGUCACCUGGAUGAAGGCAAGCGGGAGAUGAUCACAGCUCGGACCGGAAAGGUGAUCGCUGAGUUUGGGCGUUUGUACGAGCAGCAGCACGCAGUAGCUCUGUUCAACAAAGUUCGCUUUGACGUAGAGGGAGGAGGAACUCCGCAACCUCAGCUGCUUCACCGCAAGAUUCCUCUGGAGAACAAGGCCAUUUUCUCAGGCUCCCUCUUCCAGUACUUGGAGGAAAACAAGAAAUGGAGGAACCACUUCCUUUUCAUCCCAGACUCCCAUGACAUCAAAUACUACGACAGCAAGGCGGCCCACGACAGACUCCUCCAUCCCAAAGGAACUAUCAGCUGUGCCGGCUAUAAAGUCCUGACAUCUAUGGAGCAAUACCUGAAUCUGAUCAGCAACAGCUUGCCAGGUGUUAAAGCCAAAGUGGGAAGUUCCCCCUUUCUAAAGUGUGCCACUCCGCACCCUCUGAUAAUGUGGCACCCUUAUGCCCGCCACUACUAUUUCUGUGUGACGACAGAGAAGGAGCAGCAGAAGUGGUAUAUGGUACUCCAAGACUGUGUCAGACACUCCAACAAUGCCGUGGUUCUUCCUAAAGCAGAGAAGCUGCUGAAGGUGAGCAUCCAGCCCUACAUCAGCUCCAUCCUGGAGGCCCUGCUGGAGCCCACCAGCCGAGGGUUCUUCGAGGUCCGCGAGGUUUUCUUCCGAGAGCUGGUGGACAUGAGCAAAAACGUUCUGAACGAGGGCACCAAGGAGAUGGUGGCACAGCACAUGGAGAAGAUCUCCAUGCUUGCCUUCCAUCCAGUGAAGAUGUACAGCUGCUAUGAAAAGGUGAUGCAGCUGAGUCUGGAAGGUCUGGAUCAGAGAUUUGACAUCUCGAGCCCCUCGGUGUUCAUCCAGAGGGUCCAGAUCCUCAUGAGAGAGCAAAUGGACAAUGCUGUUUAUACGUUUGAGCAGAUCCUUCACCAGAGUCUGGAGUCUCAGGGCGGUGAGGAUCUCUGUAAGACCAUCCAGCGCUGCCAGGACAGAGUUAUCAAGAAAUUUGACUAUGACAGCAGCACAGUGAGGAAGUGUUUCUUCCGCGAGGCUCUCUUGCAGAUCUUCAUCCCCUACAUGCUGAAGCAGCUCAACCCUUGCUUUGUAUCUGUGAUGGCGUCUUGGAUCCAUUUAACCUGGGAGAUCAGCAUCAUUCAUGUUGGUCCCUGCUGUACUCUGUGCACAUAAAUCCACAUUUGAACCCUUUUCUCUCUGUCUGCAGCUGUGAAGGAGGCGGCGGUCCAAAGGAGACACAAUCUGUACAGGGACAGUAUUGUUCUGAGCAACAGUGACCCCAACCUGCAUCUGCUGGGAGAUAACCCCUCCAUCGACUGGGCGGGACAGUACGGAGGCGAGCAGGAGGAGGUGGAUGGGGCAGAGGAUGAUGGUGAGGUGGAAAGUGUGACGUCCCGGAAGAAGAAAAGAGGGAAGCAGGUGGUGUCCUUGAUCCAGGUGGAAGGCACCACUGUGCUGCCGGGCGAGUCAUGCCUGGAGGGGCCUGGUGUUGAGGACAUACCAGAGGAAGAUGGAGAGGGGCAGAAAGAGCAUGGCGCUGGGGAGGAGAACUCUGAAAACAAACCUUUGUGUGACCAGAAUGGGUUUGCAAGUCUCAAAGCCUCCACAGAAAAGCCAGAAGACAACAACGAACCCGAGGAGCAGCAGAAAGAGGCGAUGGAGUCUGCUGGAGAGGGAAGUCGGGCUGUGGCAGAAGAGCAGCCGUCAUCCACGCAGGAGGAGGUUUUACUCCUGCCACCUGCUCCAGCAGCACAAGAGUCUGAGAGUCAGGAGACGAGCGUCGCUGCAGGAGCUCAGUGACGAAGUGAAUCCUGCUCGCUGCUUUUUGCUUUUCCCGCUUAUACCAAGUUUAAGACACUAAAUAUCUUUUUUAACCACAACAACAAAACUUUGUCUUCACGUGGCAGAAACAUGAGCACCGUCUGUGGGCUGUGUAUAAAUGUGACGAGCUGCAGGAGCACCAGGAGUGAGCUGCCUGUAAGAAGCUGGAUGUUUGCUGUUGUUUGACCUUCAAUCUUUUCUAACUGCGUGUGAUUCAAACUGUCCCUGAGUAACGAACAGCUAAAAGAACGAAUCCUGAACGCAGACGAUCGAGUCAGCACGAGUUUGUUUUGUGUGGUGGGAACGGCGCCGUCUUACAUCAGCGACAAAGAUUUUAUUACCUGUAAUUUUACAUCAUUUUCUAUCAUUUCCACACUUUUUCAUUUUUAGAUUGAAGUUUCUGAAGCAAAUGAUUUACUGAUAAUAAAUUAUCGAUCAAAAA